AUGGACGAUCAGGGCCAGAACGACGAGCUUUACCCCAUCGCGGUCCUCAUCGACGAGCUCAAGCACGACGAUGUCCUUUUACGAUUGAACGCAAUUCGCCGACUGUCGACCAUUGCGCUCGCGCUGGGCCCAGAGCGGACAAGAGACGAGUUGAUACCAUUCCUCGAUGAAUCCGUAGAGGACGAAGAUGAGGUGCUCACUGCUCUUGGAGACGAGCUGGGUAACUUUGUUGAGUACGUAGGAGGGCCAGAGUAUGGGCACGUGCUCCUCUCUCCUCUUGAGAAUCUGGCUACCAUCGAGGAGCCACUCGUCCGCGACAAGGCUGUCGAGUCCCUGAACAAGAUCUGCGACCAGCUCUCGCAGCAACAAGUCGAGCAAUACUUCAUUCCCCUCACCAUCCGCCUUUCGAAAGCCGACUGGUUCACAUCAAAGAUCUCAGCCACCGGUCUGUACAACACUCCAUAUCAACAUGCGACAGCACAAUCACAAGAAGGCCUCCGACAACAGUUCGCUCAACUAGUCCACGAUGACACGCCAAUGGUACGCAGACAGGCUGCCAACAACCUCGCCAAGUUUGUCAAGAGCAUGCCCGCAGCCAUUGUCAUAGAAGACAUGAUUCCGCUGUUCCAACAUCUCGCUGGCGACGAUCAGGAUAGCGUGCGGUUGUUGACUGUUGACGUGCUUAUUGCCAUCGCCGAGGCGGUGCCAAAAGAGCAGCACACUAGCCACGCGGUUUUGCUCACGGCAUUGCGUGGUCUGUUCGAGGACAAGAGUUGGAGAGUGAGAUACAUGGUGGCCGACCGAUUCGAGAAGAUCGCCAAAGCAGUGGAUGAGGAGGUGAUCGCCAGAGAUUUGGUGCCUGCCUUUGUCAAGCUGUUGAAGGACACCGAGGCUGAGGUUAGGAGCGCAAUCGCAGGCCAGAUUCCAGGCUUCUGUCAGCUCGUCGACCGCCAAGCACUUCUCCGGGAUAUCAUGCCGUCCAUUGAAGAUCUGGUAUCCGAUUCCUCGCAGCAUGUCCGUGCAGCAUUCGGCAACCAAAUCAGUGGUCUCGCUCCCAUCUUGGGCAAGCAGGAGACUACCGAGCACCUGCUGCCAAUGCUACUCCAGAUGCUCAAGGACGACUUCCCAGACGUCCGACUCAACAUCAUCUCGAAGCUGGAGCAGGUCAACAACGUUAUCGGCAUCGAGCUGCUGUCGCAGUCACUCCUGCCUGCCAUUGUGGAGCUCGCAGGUGACAAGCAAUGGCGUGUCAGACUCGCCAUAAUCCAAUACGUGCCUCUGCUGGCCUCCCAGCUCGGUGUUAAGUUCUUCGACGAGAAGCUUAGCAGCCUGUGCAUGUCUUGGCUCGGCGACACGGUCUUCAGCAUUCGAGAGGCGAGCACUCAAAAUCUGAAGAAGCUUACAGAAGUCUUUGGAGUCGAGUGGGCAAGCGAUGCCAUCGUUCCCAAGGUUGCCGCCCUGGCCGAACACCCCAACUACCUCUAUCGGAUGACCACUUGCUUUGCCGUUUCGAUUCUCGCACCCGCCCUCUCUCUUCCCGUCUUGGCCAAGUCCGUCCUCCCCAUUCUCCAGCAACUCGUCACCGACCCCAUCCCCAACAUCCGAUUCAAUGUUGCCAAGUCGUACGCAGUUCUCAUCGACAUCCUCAAACGGCUACCUGACGAUCCCAAUGCCACCAUUGCCGAACUUGAAAAGCAGGGCUCCACCAACUUCCCAGGCAGUGAGCGAGGCUCACAAAUCAUCAGAGACGAGAUCAUGCAACCUCUCGAGAAGCUCAUGCAGGAUGACGAUGUCGAUGUGAGGUAUUUCGCAACCACGGCCAGCAAGGCAUGGACCGAUACGGAGAAUGCGAUGGAAACUUAG